GAGGGGGGAGGCGGACAGAGGAGGAGGACAGGAGGAGACUGGAGGAGGGUGCUGCUAGGGGGACAUUCACUCAUUGUUAGCAACUCGAGGAGUGGCGGAGACCCCGUCGCUACACGUGAAAUUUCGGCACAACAUUCAGAUCCUACGCUGAACAUCAUCUCCAACUGUGCUCGUCAUCUUUAUUUUCCCGUCGAGGCAGGAGAGGGAGGAGUGCGAGCGGUCAUUCACAGCGCGGCAUCUUAAAGGACCACAGCAUCUCCCAGGCUAUGGAGCUCCUGUGACACACAUCCCCAGGGUGAUGGAUGUAGCUAUCUUCAGUCAUGGAUUACGCUGCCCGACCCAGAGGGUUUCUCUGUGAGCUGAAGAGGAGGAAGAGACUACCAGACAGUCCUCGACUCACCUUUAGCCUUGUGAUUUCCCUUUCCCGGUGAAUGAAACGGAUGCUGACAGGGCUCAACCCUUCUUCUUAACAAGCUACUUCUGUACGGACCGGUCAUGGAUCUCCUGUGGGUGCUGUCGGUGUCCAUGUUGACGGUGUGCGUCGCCAUCCCCAUGGACGCGGCGGGGGAGAGCCAUAGCCAGUUCACUUGUGAGCCCAUAACCCUGCGCAUGUGCCAAGGGCUGCCAUACAACGCCACCUACAUGCCCAACAUCCUGAACCAUUACGACCAGCAGACUGCCGCCCUCGCCAUGGAGCCGUUCCAUCCCAUGGUGAACCUGCAGUGCUCUCCGGACCUCAGGAUGUUCCUGUGUGCACUCUACGCCCCCGUGUGCACCGAGUACGGCCGCAUGACUCUGCCUUGCCGCCGCCUCUGUCUGCAGGCCAGGAGCGACUGCUACAAGCUCAUGGACAUGUUCGGGGUCAGCUGGCCGCAGGAGAUGGAGUGCACCAGGUUCCCGGACUGUGACGAGUCGUACCCCCGUCCCGUGGACCUGCUGUCCAGCUCAGACUCCACCGACUCCCCCAUCUCCGUCCAGAGGGACUACGGCUUCUGGUGUCCCAGAGAACUCAAAAUCAACCCCGAGCUGGGCUACUCCUUCCUGGGGGUCCGAGACUGCUCCCCCCCCUGUUCCAACAUGUACUUUACGCGCGAGGAGCUGGCGUUCGCCCGCUAUUUCAUCGGGGUGGUGUCCAUCGUCUGUCUGUCCGCCACCCUCUUCACCUUCCUCACCUUCCUCAUCGACGUGUCGCGCUUCCGUUACCCGGAGCGCCCCAUCAUCUUCUACGCGGUGUGCUACAUGAUGGUGUCCCUGGUGUUCUUCCUGGGCUUCCUGCUGGAGGACAACGUGUCCUGUAACGCAGCCAGUCCCGGCAGGUUCCGGGCUGCCACCGUGACCCAGGGCUCCCAUAACAAGGCCUGCACCCUCCUCUUCAUGGUGCUGUACUUCUUCACCAUGGCGGGCAGUGUGUGGUGGGUCAUCCUGACCAUCACCUGGUUCCUGGCUGCUGUUCCCAAGUGGGGCAGCGAGGCCAUAGAGAAGAAGGCGCUCCUGUUCCACGCCUGUGCCUGGGGCAUCCCGGGGGUCCUCACCGUGACGCUGCUCGCCAUGAACAAGAUCGAGGGGGACAGCAUCAGCGGGGUCUGCUUCGUGGGGCUGUACAACCUGACGGCGCUGCGCUGGUUCCUGAUCGCCCCUCUGGGACUGGAUGUAGUGGUGGGCGUGGCGCUGCUGCUGACAGGCAUCGCCGCUCUGAACCGCGUGCGCAUGGAGAUCCCUCUGGAGAAGGAGAACCAGGAGAAGCUGGUGAAGUUCAUGAUCCGCAUCGCCGUGUUCUCCGUGCUCUACCUGGUCCCCCUGCUGGUGGUCCUGGCCUGCUACCUGUACGAGAACAGCUACCGGAGCAUCUGGGAGACCACCUGGGUCCAGGAGCAGUGUCGGGACUACCACAUCCCCUGCCCCUACCAGGUGGAGCGCACCAGCCGCCCGGACCUCGCCCUCUUCCUCACUAAGUACGUGAUGAUGCUGAUCGUGGGAAUCCCCUCCGUGUUCUGGGUGGGCAGCAAGAAGACGUGCUUCGAGUGGGCGGGCUUCUUCCACGGCAAGAGACGCAAGGACCGGAUGGUGAACGACAGCCGGCAGGUGCUAAAGGAGCCCGACUUCGCCCAGCUGCUGCUCCGGGACCCCAACACCCCCAUCGUCAGAAAGUCCCGGGGCACCUCCACCCAGGGGACCUCCACCCACGCCUCCUCCACCCACCUGGCCAUGCUGGACGAGCCCCCCAGCGGCAGCACCAGCCGGGCCGGCUCGGUCCGCAGCACCCGCUCAAAGAUGAGCAGUUACCAUGGCAGCCUGCACCGCAACCGUGACGACAGGUACACCGCCCCCAGCUUCCGGGCGGCAGACGAGCGCCCCCCCUACGGCAGCAUGCCCCGCCUCCACGACCCGCCGCGCCACUGCAGCACCACCCGCCUGGACAGCCUGUCCCGCCACGGCUCCACCCAGAGGCUGGAGAGCCAAUCGAGGCACAGCAGCGUCAGGGACCUCACCAGCACCACCCAGGCUGUGCUCGGGGGCCCUGGCAACGGGAUCCACCGAGUGCUGGAGGAGGACGGAGGGACCGCCUGAACACCACCUCGAUACUUCAGAGGACUGUAGAAAAGACUCCGUUUCUAGAAAGGGAAAUAAUGUGAGGAUCCACAGCGAGCCUCUCAGAGGGCGGGAGGGGCUGAUGGAGCGCAGAGCGGAAGCUGUCACUGAUGACGUCAGCUACAUCCUGCCAGAGAGGGCUGAGGGUGGUGUGGGUCCACGCCUUAAAAUGUCCUCUCAGCUUUACUCCACUCUCAAAAAACUGAACUUUAAACUUUGACCAGUUUACACCCCACCAUGGUGCUGCUGGUGCUGAUGGUGCUGCUGGUGCUGCUGGUGCCCUGUGAAACACUGGAGAACUCUGACAGAUGCACUGGAUGUUUUUGACUGUAACUGUUUGUAUAAAGGACUAAUGCCCCUUUCACACCAGCGCUUUUUCAGCUCCGGCUCGGAGUUAGAGUCUGAAAAGCGCCGGUUUUUCCUGUUCACACCGCAGCGGCGCCGGCUCUUAGCUCCGGAAUCCGGUUCACUUCCAGCUCCAAAAAAUUGUCGGUCUAGAGGCAAGAGCUUCGGAGCUAAGAGGUGGCGUCGCUUAUGUCUCUCUUACGUCGAGGCGUGCAGGAAACUAAACCCUCCUCCCCUG